UUUUUUUUUUGUAACUUUACCGGUGCCUGUGAAAGUGUGGCGAACCGCGGAGCAGCGUUCGGAGUUCAGGAAACAAACUCCUGAUGAAGAAGACUUGGUAUCCUCGACCUCCUCACAGACUCAGCAGGUGAAGAGGAGCUGCCAUGGUGGCCGCCACCAUUCCUCACUUCUUGUUCCUCUUCCCCCUUUUCCUCCCUCCCCACCCCUUCUGCUCUGCUGACAAGGACAUGUCAUUGUCGGCGGUGAGUCUAGAUGGUGCCCCCCUUUCUCACAUGGUUUUGGAUCCAACGUCUGGCUUUCUGUAUGUGGGUGGUGUUGACCACCUCUACCAGUUCACGUCUGCUCUAAAGAUGAUUUCGCAUGUCAGGACUGGUCCUCACCUGGACUCCCCCGAUUGCCUUCCCCCGAUUGUCCCCAAGGACUGCCCCUCGGCCUCACUCACACACAACCACAACAAACUACUGCUGCUUGAGACGGGCCAGGGGAUUGAGCCAGGGAGUCUGAUUGUCUGUGGGUCGCUAUUUCAGGGAAUCUGUGAUAAACGGAGUCUGUCCAACAUCUCUCAAAUCAUCUAUCAGACAUCAAACCCUGUUGACACUCAAUAUGUCGCUGCCAACGACCCACGUAUCUCCACAGUUGCUGUGGUCAUCAUUGUAGAGAAUAAACAGGAAGCGGGUGGCCUGCUGCGUCUCAUGCUGGUUGGGCGGGGUUACACGAGUAAAGGACCUGGGGACGUCCCUCCUAUUACAACUCGACGUCUCUACCCAGUGGUCGCACCUCGCAGGGCAUUCUCUCAAGAGGAAGAGCUUGGUAAACUGGUUGUGGGAAGUUACUCUGAGUACAACAACCACUUUGUAAAGGCCAUGAUGCACGGCGAACACGUUUACUUCCUGUUCUCUAAAAGGGAUAUGUGGCACAAAAAAGAGUACCGUACAUAUGCUUCCCGGCUCUGCACCUCGGACCGCAGUUUCUACUCCUAUGUAGAGGUGCCACUGGUAUGCCAUGGCGGUUACAACUUGGCUCAGGGUGCAUGGCUGGGGAAUCAUUCUGGUGAAGCGGCCUUAUUUGUGGUCAUGGCAGCAGGACAAGCCUCCACACCUGUAGCAACAGGACGAUCUGCGUUGUGCAUAUACAGAAUGGUGGGGCUGGAUGCCAUGCUACGGCGGGCACAGGAAGUAUGCUACACAGAGGGAGGGCGGGGCAGCAGCGGACAGGAAGAAGCCUACAUCGAGUAUGCCGUGUCGUCCAAAUGCCUUAGGUUACCAAAGGCAUCCAUGCAGGAGUAUCCUUGCGGAGGUGAACACACCCCCAACCCUAUCGCCAGUACUGUUCCACUUGAGGCUUCUCCCACCUUUACGUACAACACACUGCUGACUGCUGUUACCACGACAACAGAGGCUGGACACACAAUCAGCUUCCUAGGAGACAAAGGUGGACAGUUACACAAGGUGAUGGUGCAUUCUGAUUGGUCAGGUGACCACUACAACACUGUUAUGGUGGACAGUGGGAAUGCUGUCACUGCUGACCUCCUGCUGGACCAAAGACAAGAACAAGUCUAUGUACUGACCAGCAGUAAGUUGUCUAAAGUUUCAGUGUCGUCCUGUGAGACACAGACAGACUGUCAGUCCUGUCUGGCUGUUAGAGACCCCUAUUGUGGCUGGUGUGUCCUGGAGGGAAAGUGUUGUCGUAAACAUCAGUGUAAUCGCCACCAUCGGACUAAUCACUGGCUUUGGAGUUUUGAGCCAACCAAUCAUUGUGUGAUGGUACAUGAUGUGCAGCCGGCAAUUCAGAGCAUCGAUCAGCGGAUGCAGGUCACACUUUCUGUGCUCCGGCUCCCCACUCUCACAGAGGUGGAGACAAUGUCCUGUGACUUUGGGCUUUACCCACCACAGCCUGCUAUUGUCAUGGGAACCAAUGUCAUCUGUCAGUCGCCUGCACCAAAGCUCCUCCCACAAAUACCUUCAGGAAGUGAUCACCUGAUCCUGCCAGUGUCACUUAAGUUUGGUCAUGUCACCAUCGCCACAGGAAACAUGACUUUUUAUGACUGUGGAGCAGUGAGUCACCUGAAUCAGAGUGCGCAGUGUCUCUCGUGUGUCCUCAGCGUGUGGAAUUGUAACUGGUGUCCUUUAGAUCAACUCUGCACUAACAACCGCACCUGUCCUAGUAAACACAUCAUCCUUAACCAAAGAAACUCUCCUGGUCCUAGCUUGUGUCCUCUCAUCUUUGCACUGCAGAGUUCCGCUCUUGUGCCAAUGAGCCUGAACACCAGCGUGGUGCUGCAGGGACAAAACCUGGACUUUUUUACAGAUGAAGCUUUAUGCGUCUGCAUUGUGGAAAUUGAGAGAGUCGAGUUUGAACUGAAGGCUGAACAGGAGAAACACAACGAAACGCACAUAUUCUCUUGCAGUGCUCACAAGUUCCAGUCUCCUCUACGUCAGCUCGAGUAUUCAGCACCUGUAUAUCUGCGCAUAGGAGAGAGACGCAUUGACACAUCUCCUGGUCUUCACCUCAAGUUGUACGACUGCUCCGCGGGCCAAACAGAUUGCUCUCAGUGUUGGGCAGUGCCAGAGGAGUAUGGCUGCGUGUGGUGUCCUGGAGGCUCCACCCCGAGAUGUAUUUACAAACAUUUGUGUACCAGUGAACCUGCAGACACCUGCCCUGCUCCCAACAUCAGUCAAGUAAUCCCUGUCUCUGGUCCGUUGGAGGGUGGAGUCUUGGUGACAAUCACAGGUUCAAAUCUAGGAAUGAAGUUUGAGGACGUAGUGGGAGGAGUAACGGUUGCAGGAGUUCAGUGUCUGCCUCAAUUUGAAAGUUAUAAGAUCUCAACCAGAAUUGUGUGUGAACUUCAGCCCAGUGGGAAACAGAGGAAAGGACAUGUUGUUGUUACAGUUGUUGGAACAUCUUUACCAGGGCGAUCAUCCCAAAUUUUCACCUAUCAGGACCCUCAGCUAACAGCUCUAGUUCCUGAUAAAGGUCCAGUUUCUGGGGGAACUAGAUUGACCAUCAGUGGACGCCACCUGCUGACAGGACAGACCUGUGACCUGAAGGCUUUCCUGGGCACUCAGCCCUGUCACAUCAUACAGGAAGUGUUAGAUUCUCAGCUGCUCUGUCAGACCACCUAUAGUCCCCAUCCCCAGGAUGUGUCUGUUCAGAUUUUGUUUGGAAAAACAGUGCGCAGUAUUCCAAACCUAAGCUUCCGUUACAUGGAGGAUCCAAUCAUCACUGACGCCACACCCUCUGAGAGUUUCUAUGCAGGAGGACGUGUUGUCAAGGUGACAGGCAGGAACCUGAACGUUGUGCAACAACCAGUCAUCUCAGUGUUGGUAGAGCCUGUGGAGGUCCAGAGAGUGAAGCGGAAAAAACGAUUGGCUUUGUUGUCUUCUAAACAGCAGCUGGUUUUCAACAGUUCCAUGAAUACAGUGUCUGAGCGCUGCUUGUUGAUGUCACCAACUCAAAUGAAUUGUCUCACUCCAGCCGUGGCCUCACAGGUCAGAGUGAAGGAUGUCUGGUUUCAGUUGGACAACGUAAGGGUCCGCUUUGAGAGCAUCAAGGGUAAACGUUUUUCCUAUUAUCCGAACCCAGACCUUUUCCGUUUGAACAGAGACGUUCCAGAUACUCCAUAUCGUUUUAAACCAGGAGGAGUGAUCGCUGUUGAGGGUCUGGACCUGACCAAAGCCAUGUCCAGACAGGAGGUGAAGGCUCGCCUGGGGGACCAGGAGUGUGAGGUGAAAACUCUGGACAACACUCAUCUCUACUGUGAACCUCCUGAAAAUCAACCAGCCAGUGCGGACGAUAGCAGCCCAUUGCCCAGCCUAAAGGUGUUGUUGGGAAACCUCGAGGUGGAUCUAGGACUCGUCCAGUAUGACAGUGACACACUUCUGACUCCUUUCCCAUUGGCUGCUCUGAUUGGUUUAGGAGCAGGGGCAGCUGUGAUCAUCCUGUCAGUGCUUGUUGUCAUCCUCAUGUACAGGAGAAAGAGUAAACAAGCCCUCCGAGACUAUAAGAAAGUUUUGCUGCAAUUGGAAACAUUGGAGAUCAACGUGGGAGAUCAGUGUCGCAAAGAGUUUACAGACCUGAUGACAGAGAUGUUGGACUUGAGCAGUGAUGUUGGAGGACCAGGGCUCCCCCUGCUGGACUACAGGACGUAUGCAGAGAGGGUUUUCUUUCCUGGUCAGCAGAGAGCUCUGAUGAACCAACAACUGGACCUGCCAGAGUCUAGGAGGUCCACAGUGGAACAGGGUCUACAACAGCUCAACAACCUGUUAAACAACAGGGUCUUUCUGACGAGGUUUAUCCACACUCUGGAGGCACAGCAGGGUUUCUCUCAGAGAGACCGCGGUUAUGUGGCUAGUCUUCUUACUAUGGCCCUCCAUGACAAACUGGAGUACUUUACUGAGGUCAUGAAGACCCUGCUGCAGGACCUGGUCCAGCAGUACGUGGCCAAGAACCCUAAACUUAUGCUGCGCAGGACAGAGACAGUUGUAGAAAAGAUGUUGACAAAUUGGAUGUCAAUCUGUCUGUACUCCUUCCUAAAGGAAGUAGCAGGAGAGCCUCUCUACGUCCUCUUCAGAGCGAUAAAAUACCAGGUAGACAAAGGCCCGGUGGAUGUUGUUACAGGAAAAGCCAAGCGAACGCUGAACGACAGUCAUUUAUUGCGCGAUGACAUUGACUACAGCGCCAUGACCCUGAAUGUCAUGGUGAAGAACGGUGUUGAGGUUCAUCAGUGUCCUGUUAAAGUCCUUGAUAUUGACACCAUAACACAGGUGAAGGAUAAGAUCCUGGAUCAGGUUUACAAAGGUGCUCCAUUCUCCCAGAGACCAGCAGCUGAUAGUUUGGACCUAGAGUGGCGUUCAGGUCAAGCGGGCCACCUCACUCUGUCAGACGACGACGUCACAGCGGUGGUUCAGGGUCGCUGGAAAAGAAUCAACACACUGCAGCACUACAAGGUUCCAGACGGAGCAACAGUCGCUUUGGUUUCUCGCUGCCAGAGCUCAGGUGGAGUCAAUCAGGUGUUCCAGACUGGAGAGAAAACACCAAUGCUUGAGGACGAAGAAGAUGAGGGUCUGCGUCAGUGGCAUCUUUUAAAAAGCAGUGAAGAUCCAGAGAUUCCAAAACACCGGAAGAGCAGCAUGAGGGAGAGAGAGCGAGCAAAGGCAAUACCAGAGAUUUACCUGACCAGACUACUGUCCAUGAAGGGAACACUACAGAAGUUUGUGGAUGACGUGUUCGUGGCAAUCCUUAGUACGAAGCAUCUUCCUCCCAUUGCCGUCAGGUUCUUUUUUGAUUUCCUGGAUGACAUGGCAGAGAAACAUGGAAUUAACGACCCAGAGACUGUCCACAUUUGGAAGACAAACAGUCUUCCUCUUAGGUUUUGGGUUAACAUCUUGAAGAAUCCUCAGUUUGUUCUGGACAUUCAGGUGACGGAUAGCAUUGAUGCUGUCUUGUCUGUCAUUGCUCAGACCUUUAUUGAUUCUUGCACCACAUCUGACCACAAAGUGGGACGGGACUCGCCGGUCAACAAGCUGCUGUAUGCCAGAGAAAUUCCUCGAUACAAGCAGAUGGUGGAGAGGUAUUACAGUGACAUCCACAGCGCUGCAUCUGGCUGUUACCAGGAGAUGAAUUCUACUUUGACUGAACUGUCUGGGAGUUUUGCAUCUGAGAUGAAUAGCCUUGUUGCUCUUCAUGAACUGUAUAAGUACAUUAACAAGUAUUACGACCAGAUUAUCAUGUCUCUGGAGGAGGACAGCUCAGGACAGAAGAUGCAGUUGGCCUAUCGGUUACAGCAAGUUGCAUCUCUGGUGGAGAACAAGGUCACCGACCUCUGAUGACCUUGGUGACCUGUUGUACUUGUUGUGACCUUCAGAAAAAUCGACUGAAGAAUCUUAAAAAAAAAAAACCAACACUGGACUUUUUUUUUAAUGUCUUCCUGUUUAUACUGUAUACUGUGUGUGUGUGUGCGUGUGUGUGUGUGUGUGCGUGCGUGUGUCCGUGUGUGUGCGCAUGUCUUAGACAGCUGCCAAACAGUCUGACUGACUGACUGAACAUUACCAUAACCUGAGCUCAAACCUAAACUAAACCAAACGUGAUUGGAGCUAGUUUAGUCUGGGAUUUUAAAAUGACAAUCUAACCAAUCAGAUCAGGGAACAGCCUCUCCUCCUGCCUUGAACUACAUUUGCCAGUAUUCCUUGCUCUCUGCACGUAAACAGACUGCACAACAUCAACCUUUUUAAUGGGAAACAUUUAUUUCUUAUUGAUGUAUUAUUAGGGAGCAGAACUAUCUUACUACUGAAACCAGCAUAGCCAGUACAUGCAAUGAUAACAAUGCAUUAUGAGAAUAAUCUAACUAACACUGACUCUAUGGCACUUUCAUGUGGAUCUUGGGAGUUUUUUUUUUCCCUUACCUUCAGUCUGACUCCAUUUUCUGUCCACCUCAGCUAAAGAAGAACGCCAACUUUGAAUACCAGCCUUCUAAACUUCCAGGUCUAGUCCUAAAUAACAGUCCAGGUUCUCUAGUUUAAAACGUUUGGGGUGAACUUUUGAAAAAAAAAAAAAAUUUUUUUUAAAUGCAUAAUUAUUUUUGUACAUUGUAAAAUUGAACCAAAAUAAUGUGUUAUUUUACUGAUGGAAUGUUUAAAGCACAAAGUAUGAAAAAUAGAAGGAGCAGAAACUAGAGUC